AUGUCUUCAUCUGCUUCUGCCAACUUUACCACGCGUUGGUCACCCUAUCAUCGACCAAGCCCCAAAUCCCAAAUCCCCAAAUCCCGGAUACCGAAAAAUCCCAUCGAUGGCGAGAAGAGCGCAGAGGAAAUUGCGCUCGAAGAGGCCGGCGAUUUAAACGCGCUCCAGCGAUAUCGAUAUGAAUUCCACCACGGAACCACAUACGAGCAUCAGCCUCCAAUAACGCAGCUUCUCGAGGCAGAAGAAGAUUUCCGACAUCACUUUCAGCUAGAGUUAUCCCUACGUGAAAGAAGCGACCAGUCAGAAGAGGUACAGGAGGAGCUUAGAACUCAGGGCAAGCUUCUUUGGAUGGCAUCGCGAGAAUGGUGGAUGCUGAAGAAUGAAUUUGGGGGAGGAGUCUUCUUGUUGAAGAUUGUGUUGCAAAGCAAGGAUGUUGUUCUCGAGAUUGUGGGUGUUGUGUUAACCGUCCAAUCGAUCCGACGCGUAGUAUUGGAGUUGGACAUUGUACUCUUGCGUGCGGAUGUUGUCAGUUAUUACGAUUAUCGCGGGCCACGGAACUCUUAUGCACGGAUUGAAUUGGCUGCGUUCUGGGGGCUACUCGCGGAUAGCUGUGAAAGCCCAUUCGAUAUGAUCGACGAAUCGCCAGUCUUUCCGUUGUUUGGUAGUAGGAAAGCCGAGUCAUCGAGUGUGGACGAAGAGGAUAAUGAGUCGACAUCAACAAAAGACUCCGAAUCCACUCUGGCUUGA